AUGGUAAAUUAUGACUCAUCACUUCAGAUUCAAGCUUUAGCAUCAAGUAUUUCGAAAAGACUUGCUAGCGAAACCAAUUCAUUAUUGAUUGGAUCAAUACCCACUGGAAGACAAGCGAAAAGACAUGCACAACAAAUAAACUAUUCAGAGGAAAUAAUAGAUGAUUUUGAUUUUGAAAAUACUCCAGUAGACUCAUUUAUGUCGAAUGGUAGUAAUACACUUAAUGGAUUAAUAAAUAAUGGUUUUAAUAACCAAAGAAAUCUAAUAGAAUCAAAGACUCAAGUUGAUGUUCAAAAAUAUGGACCAGCGAGAAAUACUCCAAAAUUUAAAGAACUAGAAGAUGAAUCAAAUAUUAAGAACUUAAUUGGUAAACCUGAAGUAUUAAUACCUGUAAAAUUGAACUUAGAAACCUCGAAUGGGAAUCAUAAAUUAAAUGAUAUAUUUAUGUGGAAUUUAAACGAUUCAAUAAUUACACCUCAACAAUUUUCAGAAAUAUUAUGUAAUGAUUUAGAAUUACCGAAUUCAAUGGUGUCAACAAUAGCUGAAUCUAUACAACAACAAAUUGAUGAAUGUUCUUAUGCUUCAAAUUUAAUAAUACCUCACAAGAAUCCAUGUAAUAUAAUAAUAGAUUUAUCAGUAAAUUUAAAUAAACAAUUAUAUCAAGAUAGAAUUGAAUGGGAUUUAAAUCAGAAUAUAGUAACUCCAGAACAAUUCGCAGAAAUUGUAUGUGCCGAUUUAGGUUUAUCAUUAGAAUUUAAUCUUGCAAUAUCUCAUGCAUUACACGAAAUCAUAAUAAGAGUCAAAAAGGAAAUAAUAGAAGGUUCAUUUAAUAAUGAAAUCCAUAACUUGCAUUUAGUUAAAGGGAUAGUUUUUGAAAAUGGGUUAAGAAUAUUUACGGAAACUAGUAUGAGCAAUGGUAAUGAUCAUUGGGAGCCAUCAGUUGAAGUAUUAAGUUCAAGUGAAAUAGAACGAAGAGAAGCAGAAAGAAUCAGAUCAUUAAGAAGAUUGAAAAGGGAACAUUUGAAAAACGAUGAUAAAAGAAGAGUUGGUAGACGAAAAAACUAUAUCAAUGCUGCCAAUGAUUCAUUGACUUCACCAUCAAAUUUAAUUUCGUCCCAACAACUUUCGCCUAUUCGAGAAUUAAAUUCAAUCUUCUUUUCAACACCAUCAAAUCCAAAUAUUUCUUUAUUUGAAUUGAGCAAUGACACAAACCUAUUGUUGAAAUCGCCUAUUGAAAAAGUUACUCAAGAGCAUCAACAAGUACAAACAAAUACAUCUUUUAACAAUGAUACUCAAAUAAAUGAUUGUGGAUUCAUGUCAUUUGAAGAAUGGAAGAAGCAAAAGGUUGUAGAAGCAAAUAAUAACCAUUCAACUACAUCAAGCUCAACUAAAAUUUCACCUGCAGCAAGCUCGUCAAGUAACUCAUCCAACAUUGAAGUCAAUAAAAGUUCACAAAAAAUUGAAAAAGAUACAACUGACAAAGCAUUAUCUCUAACCAACAUAACUCAGAUUGAAAGUGAAGGCAAAAUCUAUAAAGAUAGGUUUAACUUUGCAUCUAUUGACUGUGCAGCAACUAUAGUCAAAACGAAUUCUCAUGCCAAAGGAGCAUCAGCAAUUUUGAAAGAAAAUAAAGACACAUAUUUGUUAAAUGAGUGUUCAGUUUCAGAUAAAUUUGUCAUUAUUGAAUUAUGUCAAGAUAUUUUAGUCAACUCGAUUGUGUUGGGUAAUUAUGAGUUUUUUUCAUCAAUGUUUAAAGAUAUUAGAGUUAGUGUCAGCGAUAGAUAUCCGACCAAUAACUGGAGAGAGUUGGGUACAUUCACAGCCAAAAACGUGAGAGAUGUACAAUUAUUUCAAGUAGAGAAUCCUUUGAUCUGGGCAAGAUAUUUGAAAUUAGAUAUUUUGAGUCAUUAUGGAAAUGAAUUUUAUUGUCCCAUAUCAGUAUUGAGAGUACAUGGUAAAACUAUGAUUGAUGACUUUAAAGAAGAUGAAGAAAAAUCGAAACAAGAACAAGAACAAGCAUCACAGCUGAUAGCUCAACAAGAAACUCAUGAACCUGAAAUUGAUGAUUCUUUACUACUUGACGAAUUGAAUGAAUGUAGAGUAUCACUACCACAUUUAAUGUUGAAUGAGUUUUUAAAAGAAUUAAACACAUCACAACUUUGUCUACCGUCAGAAAAUAAUGGAAGUGCUGCACAAACAUCCUCAUCGUUAUCAUCAUCGACUGCAUCAACUAUCACAACUCAAGAAUCCAUAUAUAAAAAUAUUGUAAAACGAUUAUCCUUACUAGAAGCAAAUGCAACAUUAUCACUACUAUAUAUUGAGGAACAGCUGAAAUUGUUGAGUAAUGCUUUUGCAAGUUUAGAGAGACGACAAUCAAUAAAUUUUAAUAAUCUAGUCUCAUCAAUGAAUACAACUUUAAUCAGUCAAUUAUUUAACUUCAAAGAUUCGUAUAAUCAUUUAUAUGAACAAUACAACAACCUUUUGAAAGUGCAAGAAAAAUCUCAUAAAUUAUAUCUUACUGAUUCUGCAAAGAAAAUACAGUUGUUAAAUAGUGAGAUCGUUACCCAAAAAAGAAUGACAAUCUUCAAUAGCAUAAUCGUAUUGUGUUUGUUGAUAUAUGUCAUUUUGACAAGAGAUAUUAAUAUAGAAUUCCAGGAUAUGGCCAACAAUAAAAGUAAGAAAACAAAUAUACCAGCCACUGAUAAUAAUAACGUGAAAUUAACACCAAGUCAAUCACAUACACAACUGAUUACAGAUCAAGUUGUUGUUCCAUUUAAUCCAAAACUACAUCCAAAACAUAAAAAAUCCAACCCAUAA